CUCAUCCUUGUUUCUUCACUCAACUGUUUAAGUCUGCCACAUUCAACAUGGCGGCCUCCGCAGCUUCACGUGAGCUCUUCACAGAAGGAGUGAGAGCGGUUCUUCACACCUGGCCCGUCCUACAGAUCUCGGUCGAUAACGGGUUUGGGGGCGUGUACGGGCAGCAGAAAGCUGAUUGGAUGGUGGAUGUUGUUCAGCAGUAUUUCCAUGACAAUGCUGACCUGCAGCAGUGUGAAGUGGAGGAUUUCAUUGCUGAACUGAUGGAUCAGGAGUUUGACACAGUGGUGGAUGAUGGGAGUUUACCCCAGGUGUCAUUCAGUCUGCUGCAGUUGUUCAGUCAGUGGAAGCAGGGGGCACUACAGCAGCUCCAACACACCAUCAACACACUGACACAGAAGAAGAGUCAGAGGUCAAAGGUCACAGCUCCGCCCAAGGAGUCUGAUGAAGAAAGUGAUGAGGAUGAAACACAGGUAAUGGAGUGUGACUCGUCCACACCAUCAGUCAGCAGGACACACCCGCCUCCGCCUCCUCCUCAGGACGAAGAGGACGGCUGGACAGUGGUCAGGAAGAAGAAGUGAAGAGGAUGAUGAAGAGCAGUAUGAACUGUUGACCUCAGUCUGGAGCAGCUGACCUUUAACCUUCAGGAUGACAGCGUGUCUGACGCUUGAGGCUUCCAUCAGCUCCUCCAUACAUGAGGACGUCUCGCCAGUCUGCUGCUCCUUGUCUGAGCGACCCGCAGAGACAGAGGACAGAUGACGGGGGAGGAGCAGAUGAUUAUGUUUUUUUUAAAUUAGACCUGUUCAACAUGCAGCUUCCUGUGUGAUGUCAUCAAACAACCACACUUCACCAUAACAUCAUAUUGUAUCCUAAAGUAAGACAAAAAAAGUCAUAAAAAUGUCAGUUUAUAAAUUAACUGUUUUUUAGAUCAGUUUUUCCAAAUCUCAUGAAUCUUUAAUCAAUACUUUGAUCAUUUGGCUUUAAAAACAUUAAAUGUCAAAUGUUUUGUUUUCAGUCUAAUAUUAAACAGUGAAACACGAA